ACGGCACUAUAUACCAAGAGACGCUCGGAACCACGACCCCACCCUUGUGUCCGGCACCGUCCCAACCCGAUGGUGUGGGGUAUUCGCCGUAGUGACGGUGAGGGUCCACGCGUGUAGACCGACUCGAGACCCUUUCCGCAGUCGAGCACGACGCCGACGAUUCCACGGAUCGCUCGGCGUAGAGAAAAUGGCGGUAGAAUCGACGGGGCUCGUGACCGACACCGCGACCAAAACAACACGGAACUGUAGUCCCGAUCUUCUCCUCUUUGGCGUUGACUUUGACGUCUUGCAAGGAGUCGUUGAUUUUGACGACACCGAAACACUACCAACGUCGUCGGGUACGAGUACUCCAAGUUUGAUUCCUCGUAUAGAUCGGGAUCCGAACGACGCACACCACACGAACGUAUCGGUUCCGACGGACCCGGAACAUCUCCCACCUCUACAACACUUACAACAUCUCCUGUCCCUCCCCAGUCCGUUCGACGCCACGUCUCCCGCCACGGACAACGACUUUACCGCACUCUUUGCCUGGGCGACCUCCCGUGGUGCUCUCUUGGACGCCGUCCGACACGGACGCGAUGCCUACGGUGGACACGGACUCUUCACGACCCGACCCGUGCGCAAGGGAGACGUGGUAGCCACGCUGCCACGAGAGCUGCGCGUCGGGCAACGGUUGGCCUGCCAAACUCUACCGCGACUGCCUCCCAAUACUCCACACUUGUCCGCACUCAGUCUACUCUUGUUACACUUUUCGAGAGCAGUGGAAACCGACUGGAAUAUAUACAUUCGGACACUGCCGAGAAGGGGACAAUUUCACAACGCAAUACUCGUGAACGAUGCGGAACAAACGAGGUCGGCCCCGGACAAAGACGCGUACGCCCAGGUCUGUGCCGAUACACGACGCUUGGCCCGUAAUUGUGAAGCCUUCAUCCGUGAUUGUCUCCUGGACUCCGUCCACGACACGUCCAGGCCGCCGUUCACGGCGACGACCGUCCACGAGAGCAGUCCCGCUUUGGAAUGGGCCGUCGCCAUGGUUCUGAGUCGCAGUCACGGCUUUGGAUCCACGGAUGGGGGACGCUGGAUGACACCGGUGCUCGAUUUGGCCAAUCAUCAAACUUGCAAACAUGGUGGGGGUAAACUGGAAAGCGACGACCAAGGCAGACUCAUCUUUCGAGCGGGGAAAGACCUGGCGUGCGGAGACGAAGUUACCUUGGAUUACCAGUUGGAACACGACUCGGACGCGAGAAUUCUUGCCACCUACGGAUUUUCGCUACCUGUUUCGUAA